AUGGCUUAUUUCAGGAACAUGGAUGUCAUCAAUGUCACUGCCUUGCCCAUGUUGCCAAUGGAUGAGCACCUGACCGUCUCCCUCAUGACCCGGAACGCAGUGGAGAACGCCCUGAGGAAGAGUCUGGAGGACAACCCACCCACCUGCAUUAUUGGCUCCCUACGGCGCGUGAACCAAAAGAUUGCCGAGCUCAGUCUGAGUCCCAAACCGUUGGCCAACAGCCUGGCAAUUGAGAGAUAUGAGUUGGAGAAGAAGGCUUUGAGAGAGAAAAGUCAAGACGGCCUGGGAAACAGAGACAAGAGUCGAAGCAAAUCAGAGUUCAUCUGCAGAGGCUCCGAAUCCAGGAGCGUCAGACCUUUCAUUUCUAAAAGGAAAAUAGCCCACAAAAAUCUCUUGGCAGAACUGUACCAGUACACAUCAUUUAACAGCGCCAUACCAAACAGGCUUCCAAACGGGGUGAACUUCUGUGACAUGGUGGGCAACGUGGUCCGCUCUGAGAGACACCCCCUCAGUGGCAAGUCUUUCUGUUCGGAUAAAGAAUUAGAGAAGUUUCUCUCUUCUCCUUCUCUAAGAGCCAUAUGGCUGGAUAGCUUCUGGUGGAUCUUUCAUGAGAGGUACCAGCCCAACAAGGAGUUCCAGAAUAAAAUGUUUGACCGGAUAGCCCAAAACUACGCCUUUCUCUUAUUGUGUGAAUCCAAGUCCCACUAUGAAGAGGCGCUCUUAAAAAAGCUGCCAUCGCUGCUGAGUAAAGCCGUCUAUACCAGCUUCUGUUGCUGCUUCCCUCAAUCCUGGUUCAACACGCACGAAUUCAAAUCGAGCAUCUGUAACACGGUGAGCCUGUGGAUUUCAGGCAUCUACCCUUGCCUACAGAGCUACAACAGCUGGAACUACUCAGAACUGGAUCCAGAGAGAUUCCGGAGAGAAAAAUUAAUUUUGCAGAGAAGACUGUUAAAGAAAAGAGAGUUCUCUUUGUUCACUUCUAAGAGACAUGUCUCCCAGACAUCUAUCCAGUACAAGAAAGUUCCCUACCCUAAGUCUCCUGGUCUAAAUUCAACCACUGAGAAAGACUCUUCGGCCAAGAAGAAUUCAGCAGAUACACCCCAAACCCAGAAUGCCACAAAAGAGCAUCCUGGUCAGAAUCUGAUCUUGAGGAAAGCUGCAAAACUAGUCAAGAGGAUAUCAGAAGCAAGAGAACGUGAGAACAUGCUUCCCAAGCAGUCUCACCCAGCGUGCAAAAGCCCUGAGCUGACUUCAAACUUCUUCAACAUUUACGGGAAGAGCCCUCUGAUUGUGUACUUCCUCCACAACUACGCCCAUCUGCCCCAGGGUGGUGAAGACGUGUUGAUAGUCAGGAGGGAAAGAACCAGGAGCAUCCCUGAGUCCGUCCUGACAUAUGCUGAGGUCAUUGACCUGACCCUGAGCAACAUGAAGAAGCGGAGAGACAACUUGGAACAACUGAAAUGGCUCCACUGGAAUGAAUGGAAGUAUUUUGAUGUGUACCUAAGGGAACUGCAAGAAAACUUCCUCAGGGAGGUGAAGAAUAUCGAUCAAAGAGCAUUAGAGCUAAAGAAGACAAACCACAUGUUCAUCCCACCUUCCACCUUGGUUGAGGACUCCUUUGACAAGAAAUCUAGAGGAAGUCCUGAGAGGGAGACUGCAUUUCUUUUAAGGAAGAAAAAGGAGGAGAGGGAAAGAGAAGUAAGAGAGAAGCUGGACUGCUCUCCCUUGUCCCUGUCAGACCCUGACUAAUUCUCUCCCCCUGGGAAGCUCCCUCAGGAGCCCUGAUAUUUCUACCAGGGAGGAAACCGAGACGUGAAAACCAAUGCAGAAAAGUGAAUCCAGCUUCCUUAACCCCUCACCUUCUAGCUCUCCUGGAUGAACCCUUGUCCAAG